GCAGACAUCAUUUAGCUAGGUAUCCACCCAAACUUCCAAGUAAUGCAAUGGCGCUUCCAAUAACAUGGGCUGCGUUCAUCGUGCUCCUCACCGCAGUCUUCCUCAAAGCCAUAGUUACCCGAGGGCGCCGCCGCACCUACAACCUCCCGCCAGGCCCCAAGCCAUGGCCAAUCAUCGGAAACCUCAACCUCAUCGGCGAGCUGCCGCACCGCUCCAUGCACGAGCUCUCCAAGCGGUACGGCCCGCUCAUGCAGCUCCGGCUCGGGUCCCUGCCCGCCGUCGUCGGCUCGUCCGUCGACAUGGCCAGGUUCUUCCUCAAGACCAGCGACGCCGCCUUCGCCGACCGCCCCAGGUUCGCGAUCGGCAAGUACGGCGCGUUCGACGCCUCCGACAUCAUGUGGUGCCAGUACGGGCCCUACCUGCGCGAGGCGCGCCGGAUCUGCGCCGCCGAGCUCUUCAGCGCCAAGCGGCUCCAGACCUUCGAGCUCAUCCGCGGCGAGGAGGUGCGCGGGAUGCUGCGCGGCCUGCUCGAGGCGUCCGGGUGCGCCGUGCGGCUCAGGGACUACGUGCAGAACAUGACGCUCGGCGUGAUCUCGCGCAUGGUCCUCGGCAGGAAGUACAUCGGCCAAGAGGAGGAGGGGGGCUCGCCGCCGGUGCUGACGCCGGCCGAGUUCCGGGAGAUGGUGGAAGAGUUCUUGGCGCUCCACGGCGCGUCGAACAUCGGCGAUUUCAUACCGUGGCUGGAUUGGCUGGACCUGCAGGGGUACGUCAGGAGGAUGAAGAGGAUGAACAGGAAGUUCCAUCAGUUUCUGGACCGUGUUCUGGACGAGCACGACCGGCGGCGGCGCCUCGAGGGAGAGGGUUUCGUGGCGAGAGACCUGGUGGACGUGCUGCUGCAGCAGGCGGAUGACCCUAACCUUGAGGUCCAGCUCACCAGGGACAAUGUGAAGGCUAUCGUACAGGACGCACUCCUCGGAGGAUCAGAUACUGCCGCUGCGACCAUCGAGUGGGCGAUGUCGGAGCUCAUCAGGAACCCCAAGGUGCUAGGCAAGGCCGCCGAGGAGCUGGACUGUGUGGUGGGGCGCGAACGCCUGGUCACAGAGGGGGACCUGCCAGCCCUCCCCUACAUCGAGGCCAUCCUCAAGGAAACCUUCCGCCUGCACCCUGUUGCGCCGACUCUGGUGCCCCACCUAGCUCGGGAGGACGCCAGCGUCGACGGCUUCGACAUCCCCGCCGGCACGGCCGUGUUCGUCAACGUGUGGUGGAUCGGCCGCGACCCCGCGCUGUGGGACGCGCCGGAGGAGUUCCGCCCGGAGCGAUUCGUCGGGAGCAAGAUCGAUGUCAAGGGGCAGGACUUCGAGCUGCUGCCCUUCGGCUCCGGCCGGCGGAUGUGCCCUGGGGUCGGCCACGGGAUGAAGGUGACCCUGCUGAGCAUCGCCAACCUGCUGCACGGCUUCGAGUGGAGGCUCCCGGACGGCAUCAAGGUGGAGGAGCUGAGCAUGGAGGAGAUCUUUCUGCUCGCGAUGCCACGCAAGGACCCACUUGAGGCUGUCGUCGAGCCCAGGCUGCAGAGCCAUCUAUAUAUGUGUGCUUAAUUAAGUCCAUACAUGCAUGUGCAUGGCUUGGCAUUCGGUGUGUACUGGUCAUGGUGAUCUUUAUGCAAAGCCUAUUAUAUUACAAGCUAUUGUCAUGUUGGGUAGACCGAAGAGUUGAAUGAUACAUGUAAUCCAUCAUGACUCAAUAAAGAUACCUACAUAAAAGGUGGUUUCUA